CCCAGACCUCACAACCAUAGAGGGCAAUGGGAUCUAUAACUGAUUCAAGUAUUUUUAGCCAGAUCCUAAUUGGUAUGUCAAAUGUUAUGUUCCUUUGGCCCUUCUUGCCAUGUCUCUUAGAUCGUUCACAGCUUUGUGGAAGUUUCCUGUGGCGCUGAUGUUUAGGCCGAGAUCAUCAAGCGUAAUCUAUCCAGCCUAUUCAAGGUGCAGUGUGCCUCGCUCAAUUAAGUAGAACCAUUCUCAGUAGAAUACCAAAUCAUGGAAUGGUAAGAAUUCUACACAAAUCUGCGCUGCUGAAGUUUUGGAUCAAGCCAGGGAGAUGGAAUGAUCCUCGACAAACACGGCCGUACCUUGGGAGAGUAUUCCUGUGUCUUCGCUCUGGAGAUAUCACCCUCUCUGGCUCUGCACUGAUCUGGGGGUGGUGGACUAACUCCAAUGCUGCACUAUGGCCAAGGGCAACAAGCAGUCAAAAGAGCCUAAAGGCCGGAAGAUCACCCUGAAGAUGGCAAAGCUGGCACUGAAGCUGACCGUGGAUGGCAAACGUCGGCUGGACCUCAGCAACAUGGAGAUCGCCAGCUUUCCCAAGUGCAUCCUGAAGCUGUGUGAUGUGGACGAGCUGGACCUGAGCCGCAACAUGCUCAAGAAGAUCCCUGACUCUAUCGACAAGUUUGUCAACCUCCGCUGGCUGGAUCUCCACAGCAACCAGUUGGACCACAUUCCGGAAGCUAUCGGGCACCUCCAGAACCUAUACAGCCUCAACCUGUGUAACAACCUACUGAGCAGUAUAGGACUCCCCAACGAGAUCGGCCUCCUGCAGAAGCUGAGGAGCCUCAACCUGGGCAUGAACCUCCUCGAAAGCAUCCCGUCCUCCAUCGCAGCCCUCAAGGAGCUGCGCCACCUGGGUCUGUUCAACAACCACCUGACCCGGGUGCCCGAGUGCCUCCGCAACCUGCCCCACCUUGAGAGCAUCAACCUGAAGUGUAACCCAAUCCCCUCAGGGGAUGACAAAGGCAUAGACCCCAUCCAGAGGGUGGAAUGUCUGUACCUGGUGAGGGAGAGCUGCCUGUGUGCCUCCUGCCUCAAGAAGGUCAAAGAUGCCAGGCAGAGGUUGGACAGCAGGCUAAGCAGAGCCCCUGCUCAUGGGAGGUCCAUCUUCGCCGGCCUGAUCACACCCAACUCGGUGGCGCAGGAGGACCAGGCCACCUGGAGGUGAUUGAGGAACCAGGGUUGUGACUAGAUGGAGUACAGCUAUGACCGGAAGUGACUUUUCAUGGCAGGUUAGGAUAGCCUCUAAGCUAACCCUAACCCUUUUCCUAACCUUAACCUAAUACUCCUAACCCGAUACAUUAUUUAUCCUAAUCUGCUGCGUACGUAUUCCUAACAUGCUACAAAAAAAGUUACUUCCGGGAAGCUCUAUUCCACCAAGACAGAACCAGGAACCAGGUCCUCCAUGAUCAUCAGAAGGUCACCAAUGACAGAUUAUUUAGGAUGAGAACAGUCCAGGUGCUCCAUUGCAAUAGCUGCUUAUUACAAACAAUGUAUAUUAAGCAUAUCAGGAAUUCUGGUAGACAAAAACAUGACAGAAGUUACAGUCAUACAUCCGUAACCACAGCUUUUUUUUAUUUUUAUAAGUGUUCUACUCUACCACCCUCUAGAGUUUGGACUACUGUAAUGUUCUUCAACAAACUACUAGAAGAAAACCUGCCUUAGCUUCACUAUACAGUAUUCUCAUUUGGUGUAUUCUAAAUCAUUUCACAUGUUUCUCUUAAUAAAUAUGACUUCAUUCUCAUUCUU